AAUACCAAGAGUCAACAAUCCUGACUGCUGUGGGACUGGGACAGAGGGGGGGAUGGGAGGAUCUUUACAGAGAAGCAAAGGGAUGGACAUUUUGGGGAGAGGUGACAUAACAGCUAGAACAAAAGACAAAGAAAGUAGAAAGAAAGUCACUUUAGGAUAGAGCAGAAUAGAUAAUCAGCCACCAGUUUCUCUUCCCGCUCCCUUUCUCUGUCUUCUCACAUCCCAUUCUUCACCACUGGAGGGGAUGAACUCUGCUCUUGGCUUCAAGCCCCCAGCAGCAGGCAACUCUGGGCCUGGUGCAGGCAGCGGGACCACCAUGGAGAACCUGGAAAAGCAGCUGAUCUGCCCCGUCUGCCUGGAGAUGUUCUCCAAACCUGUGGUCAUCCUGCCCUGCCAGCACAACCUCUGCCGCAAGUGUGCCAACGACAUCUUCCAGGCAGCUAACUCUGUGUGGCAGUCCCGCAGCUCCCCCAGCGUGCCUUUUAGUGGCAGCCGCUUCCGCUGUCCAUCGUGCCGCCAUGAGGUGGUGUUGGACCGCCACGGAGUCUACGGCCUGCAGAGGAACCUGCUGGUGGAGAACAUCAUUGAUAUAUACAGACAGCAGGAGACCUCCAGGCUUGUAAACAUAAAGCCAGGGCAGCAGCAGCAACAGCAGCAGCUGAUGUGUGAAGAACACGAAGAGGAGAAGAUCAACAUCUACUGCUUGUCCUGCCAGACGCCCACCUGCUCCAUGUGCAAAGUGUUCGGCCAACACAAAGACUGUGACGUGGCUCCACUCAGCAGCGUCUACAUGACACAGAAAACGGCGCUGAGCGAUGGCAUUGCGGUCUUGGUCGCCAGUAACGACCACAUCCAGGCAGUCAUCUCCCAGAUGGAAGAAACCUGCCGCUCCAUAGAGGAAAAUGGUCAGAGACAGAAAGAGCACCUUGCCAACCACUUUGACAGCCUGGUGGCCAUUUUGGAGGAGAGGAAGCAGGAGUUGGUUGGUCUUAUCACCAAACAUCAGGAUGAGAAACUGAAACACACUCGAUCCCUCAUCCGUCUGCAAAGUGAUCACCUGGAGAACGCCGUCACACUAGUGGAGUCGGCCAUACAGUCCAUGGAGGAGCCACACAUGUCUUUGUUUAUACAGAAUGCAAAGGUCAUACUGGAAAAAAUGGCUGCGAUGAUGAAGACCUCUGGCAUCCAACGGCUGGAGCUCGGUUACAAGAGCAUGAGCCACUUCACCGUGGAUACUGACAACAUCGCUGACAUGCUGAGAAACAUUGACUUCUGCUCCAGUGUGGGAGAUGAUGAAGAGGAUCUUGAAGAGGAAGACGAGUCAGAUUUUGAGUUUGGCUCUAGAUAUUAACACCAGAAGAUAUGUAGCUGUAUUCUUGCAGAUUUAAAUGCUUGAUUUAAAAAAAAUAAUAAUUUUAAUUCUCUAAAAGAUGAGGAUUAACAUAAUUUUACUGAUCUGUAGUGAAUAAUCUAUCCUGGUUUUGUUAAGCUGAGCCUUUGUGGUAUAUUUAGUUUUGGUUUUGAAAGUGAUAUUGUUUCCAUAAAGAAACUAGACACACAUUAGACAACAGAAUUUUCUGAUAAUUAGCUCGCGGGACCAAAUGAAAAGGUAGAGAAAACCUUUUUGUGUGUGUGCAUGUUGGUAUGGCCAAUGCAUUUUCUGUGUGCGUGCACAAACACAAAGAAACAUGAAUUCUGUUAUGAUGUAAAACAAAACUGGAGCAGACGUGCAACAAGAGGUGUUUUACCAUCUUGAUAAUGUAAAUAUGUUUUCUUACAUUUCCUGCCACUGGUUUCCUGUCUGUUGCCAUGGUAGCUGUUGUCUUUGCUCAGAAGUUUUAAAACAGGUCUGUCGGGUUGCCAGGUUUAGUUUGUGCUGUCAGUGGCUGAUUUUUAAAAUCCAAACCAUUUCAGUAUCAUUGAAUGGGGUAAGCUCAGGCCUGUUAAUUUAGGGUAAACUUAAAGGCUUUUUCUGGAGGUUUCCAGUCCAUCUUCAUCAGUAUUUUCAUGGAAGUUGCUUAUCAUCUCUGACAAAAGACAAACAAAACGUUUAAAUGAAAAAAAAAAAAAAAAAAACGCUCUGAACGAGACAGUUUGUCAACAUGCUGUAAUCUGUGUGUACAUAUACAUAAAUGUCUUCAUCAGAGGGUG